AGUAAGAUGUCCGAUUCCCAGAUCACACACAAAGUAAAAGGAAAAAACAACCUUCCUUCACUGCUUCACAUACAAGUCAGACACACGCAGUGUGUAAGAGAAGAGAAGAAGAACUACUGCAACGUGUGACUGUGAUAAGCCCACAGACACAGAAAGAUUAUAUUCCCACUUCUCUCAGUUUGCUCAUUUGUUGUUUGACAAAAUGACUGACAGAGUUUACCCUUCUUCCAAGCCCAUCGCCAACAACAACAACGACACUACCACCACCCCAAUUCCCACAACCACCACACCGGCCACCGCCGCCACCACCAAACCCCAACAGCAGCAGCCCCGCUACCCGUACCGCCCACAACCCCAGUACGGGAAUCACCACCGCCGCCCCAGCCGCCGCCGCAGAAUCAACUGCUGUUGUUGCUGCUUUUGGUCAAUUCUUGUUUUGCUCGCAUUAGCUCUACUCUUAGCCAUAGCUGGCUCUGCUCUCUACGUCCUUUACCACCCACAAAAGCCACACUUCUCCAUCAACUCUCUCCGCAUUGCCAAGCUCAACCUCACCGCCGCCACGUCGGAUUCUUCACCCUCAGCCUCCCACCUGAACUCGUUACUCAACCUCACGCUUACUUCCAAAAACCCCAACUCCCACAUCGUGUUUUUCUACGACCCGUUCACUCUCACAGCCUUUUCCACCAGCUCCGUACAACUCGCUAAUGGGUCUAUCCCAGCUUUUGUGAGCAACAAGAACAACGAGACGAGCUUCAGAGCUGUUCUGACUGAGUCUAAGGACUUAGAUACGGAUUCGGCGACCUCUCUGAGAUCGGAUCUGAAAAGAAAAAAUGGGGUGCCCAUGAAGGUUCAGAUGGACACCGAUGUGAAGGUGAAGAUGGGAGGGCUAAACAGCAAGAAGGUGGGGAUUAGGGUUACGUGUCAGACUAUCAAAGGGGUUGCACCGAAAUCCAAGACUCCGUCGGUGGCUUCCGUAGUUGACGCCAAAUGUAAGGUAGAUCUUCGGAUCAAGAUCUGGAAAUUUACCUUUUAGUUUAGUUAUUACAUUGUUAUUUACUAAUUAACCAUUUGUCGGUUUGCUCUUUUUUUUUUUUUUUUUUCCAAAUAUUUUUUUAAUAAUAUUUUAAUAUUUUUGGGUAAUGGGGUUUGUAGACUUUUGAGGGAUUUAAAUGAAGAGGAAUGAAUUUGAGAAAUUUGGGGUUCACAGGAAAUUACAAAAGGACAAAGAGAGUCUAAGACUUGAGAUUUCAGAUUAGAAUUUUUGUUUUGUUAGUACAGCUUUUUAGUUUUUAGUUUUUACGGUUUGUUGCUGUAAAAGAUUCUGAUUUACAGUGGUUAUAUGAAUGCAUUGUGGUAAUACUUUGAUAAA